AUGAUUGCCUUACUUGCCCUUGAUUUUGCCCCUUCGAUCCGGCGUUAUGCAAAACCAACACCAGCAACCAUGUUCCAAACACAGGAACUAUCACGAGUGGCAACGACCUUUGCAGGUGGUCCCAAGUUUCAUACUCGACAAGUAAUUGAGGGUUUCGGGAAAAACGCUACAAGCGGUGCAGGCAAGGAAGUCGUUUGCUACUACUAUCAGGCCGACAAGAGCACAACCAGCAUGCAGCCAAACAUUCCAAGAGACUUUGGUUUACCUGAAUUCCAUCUUUUCCAAAUACAACCUCUCAACCGAUACUUUUUGCGAAGUUGA